GCGAUAUUUAGACUAUUGAUGUCGUGGCGCUUUUGGGUGAAGAGCCUGGUGCUUUUCUUGGCCCUGGUACCGAAGACGCUGUCCGGGUGACACCAGGCUCCUUCCUACCCACCACUCCGCUCGCCUUUCCCCUCCCUCCUCUGGCAGAAUGAGACGUGCAGGCCUGGGUGAAGGGAUACCUCCUGGCAACUAUAGAAACUAUGGCUAUGCUAAUAGUGGGUACAGUGCCUGUGAAGAAGAAAACGAAAGACUCACUGAAAGUCUGAGAAACAAAGUAAAUACUAUAAAAUCUCUUUCCAUUGAAAUAGGCCAGGAAGUUAAAAAUCAAAAUAAAUUAUUAGCUGAAAUGGAUUCACAAUUUGAUUCUACAACUGGAUUUCUAGGGAAAACUAUGGGAAGACUGAAAAUUUUAUCGAAAGGGAGCCAAACAAAGCUGCUGUGCUAUAUGAUGCUGUUUUCAUUGUUUGUGUUUUUUGUCAUUUACUGGAUUAUUAAACUGAGGUGAUGCAAGUAAGUCUGAGUUUGGAAUUUGUUCCAGUUUUGUGACUUGGAGUGCCAUUGAAGAAAAAAGUCAGCAUCCAAACAUUCCUAAUUCUCAUAUAGUAUGGCUUUUCCACAGAGGAUCCCCAAAUUUUACUUGUUUUAUAAAUCACUUUAGAUAAUACAAUGCUCUUUUAAUACUGUUUCUUAAUGACUCAUUUUUGCCUCUAUUUUCAGGGGUAUUGAGAUGGCUUGAAACCAGUCUGGGCCUAAUGGUUUUCCAUUGUUUGCUGUCAAGUGAAAUAGCAAUAUAAUAUUCUGUUCUUGCCAUAAAUGUAGGCGUAUGUUCCAUAAGAGACACUUAGUGGGAGCAUAACAGAAUGCCUGGAGAGCCAGGCACUGAGCUCCUGAGGGAGUGAACAAUUUGUGAUGGAAUGGUAAAUGUAGUUUCCUGAAUUGUCAUCAUCGGGCCUUUCCUCCUUUAUUUGGCUAAAAUUGUAAGCUGAUUUCUUUUUCCCUUCAAUUUUUCUGGUACUUUUGAUAAUACGACUCCUCUUUUCCCUCUGGCCAAGAACUUCAUUCUGUAAUAUAACUUGUUAUUUUGGAAUUUACCAACAGAGUCCAACACAAUUGUGUACUAGUAUAGUUGAUGUUUUAUAUUAACUUUAUCAUUGGUUUGGCUUAUGAUAGUUUUAUGAUUUUAGCUACUUUUGGUUAUCAUUUGUGACAGAAUGUCAAGCGCAAGUAAUUGCUAAGCUUUGAUUAGAAAUAAAGUGUUUAAGAAAAUGAAUUGCCUCUGCUUUACUACAUGCUCAAAAAUACUGAAAAAUACUGAGGCAUUGAACUUGCAAUUAAGACUAUUGUCACUUUAAUCCAAUAUAUUUGUUUAUAGAAAGCAAAAUGCAAAGGUGGACAGUUGAAUAGAAAGAAAUAUUAAAAUUAAAAUGUUAAAUACUCUAUUUCUCCUAUUUUGGAACUUAUCCAUUUAUAGGCUCUCAAAAUAAAAUUUUUAAUGAAAUAUA